AAGUGACUUCAACGUACGCCAUUUUUAGUGCAUAGUAUACAUAGUACAGGGGUCAAAUGCCUGCGUCGGACGUGUAGGAAAGACCUAAUGCGGGUGCCAUAUCGUGCGUGCCAGGCGUUAAAGCACGAGCCUUAGGAGGGGUUUCAAUUAUUAGCAACAUGACCAAAAAGCGGCGCACGCUGAGAGCAGAGGAGGAGGAGGAGGAGGAGGAGGCAGUAGCCGAUGAGGAUGACGUUGGUGUUCGCAUGGCCCCUAAUACCAAUUUCCUAGGACGCCUUAUUCGUGGCGUCGCGAGCGGUAACCAGCGGCAGAUAGAUACGACUACCAGCAACGCGGCGAACAUGUCUAUCGGCGCCACCGGCGCUGCCAGCCUCCGACUGCAGCUGAAUCGCGCGGCCAACGCAAAGACAGCUCGCUACCAGUCCCUUCGGCGUGUGGUGCUGUCCAGUGCAGCACAGCAGCGCCUUACGCUAUGUACGGCCUUGCUGGCAGAGGUCGCACAGGGAUUUGGCUUCCGGCUGACGGUACGGCGGCCGGAUGGCCAGGAGGUGGGCGCACGGCAGGCCAUGGCGGCUGUGGCUGACAUGGACACACUCUCACCGCGGGGGCCAGCGGCGGCAGCGGCGGCCGAGGGCGGAGCCGCUGGUGACGGCGGCGCCGGGGGAACCCCGGCUGCCGUGCCGGACGGCGAGGAUGAAGUCGAAGACGAAGAGGAGGACGGCGGCCUGGUUGGGGCAAGGAUGGGGAUUCCUGUAGUCGCAGCUGCUGCCGAAGGCAUGGACGCGCCUGCAGGGGAGCGGCUCUUGGAUGGACAUGACGGUGACGCCGGCGGAGGCGGGGGAGGCAGCAGCACAGGUGUGGCCGGAGCGGCGGGCGAUCCGCUUGGCGCCUUGGAGCCUCUGCACGUGGAUUUGGAUUUGGAUUUGGAGUCCCAGGGCGUGCUGCUGCGGGUGCCGCAGCUGCAGUCUCCGCGGCAGCGGGCGACAGCAGCAGAGCCAAGUACGGGGCUUGCUCGGCGCCUAGCUAGCUCGCCGACCGCAUUGCGGCCGGCUCGACCGGGGGGCCUUGGCGGACUGAUUUCGAGUCGGCUGACGUCAGCAGCGCUGGGCAGCAUUGGGCUAGUGGGCGCCAAGAAGACAGCGGCCGCGCAGGCGCUGCAGGCGGCCCGCCGCCGGGCGCUGCGACGUGCUACCUCCAACGCGGGUGCUGAAGGAGGUGACGACCAGUUGGCGGCUGCAGCUGCGACAUCCACCCCUGCUGUCGACGCAGUAGCCGCAGUGCUUGACGAUCCCGCCGCGGACACGCCUGUACCGGGGCAAGCGCCCCCGCCAGGCGAGGCUGGGGCGGUCCCGGCAAGCGGUGCAGGUGCAGGUGAAGGCGGCGGCUCUAAAACCACGUCCGCUGGCACGCACAGGCACAUUGUGUGGGAUCCUGAGAAGCUCAGCAAGACCCCGCCGCUUGCGGCCUCGACGGUUGCGGCAGCGGCGGAGGCGCCGCCCCCGGCUAAGCGGAGACGCGCAUCUGCGCCUGCUGGUGUUGCUGCUGGCGGCGGGGAUGCAUUGAAAGAUGCGGAUGCAGAGGAGGAGGGAGCGGCCGGGGGAGAGGUACCUGCUAGUCCUGAAGCGGAAGCGAUGGAGGAGGAAGAGGGCGCGGGCGGCGGAGCGGAUGCGUGCGCAUCUGUCGGUGUUGCGGAUGACUUGUUAGAGGAGGAGGGGUAUGAUGGAACUGCAACCGCAGUGGCGACAGCGGUAAUGGAAGGUCAGGAGCAGCAGGACGGAGAACGAGGAGGAGGCCCAGGGGCGAGUGGGAAUGCCCCCGAGGCACUGGAGGCUGAGGAAGGUGGCGUCCACGACGCAGCGCAGCAGCCCGGCAGCGACGACAGGGGGACUGAGGAGGCACCUGGAGCAGGCGCCAGCGAACCGCCCAGGCAGCGGGAAACGGAUGCCGAACAGCCCAAGCGCCGGGACGGCGCUUCAGCCACCGCUAAGCCCUGCGCACCCGCCAGGGAAAGCCGCCUGCUGGGUUCGGCACUUGCCGGAACGCUGGCGGCAGCAGCAGGCGGCAGUAGCGGCGGUCGGCCCAGAACGGCGCCCAUUUUUGUCAAGACUGGGAGCCGCGCAGUGACCCCCCAGCCAGCACCAGAGGCGGGGGCUGCUAGGGGCGAACCUAGCGGCUCCGCGGGUGAAGAAGAGGAG